AUGGCAGCUCCCUCGAAACAAAGCUCCUCCCGAUGGGGAUCAUUUCUACAGCAGGCUGUUGCGGGGGUAGAAUCGCGACUAGACAAUAUCCUAGCUGAGGGCGACGAGGCUAUAGCUCCAACUCCAGCUAAAAAGCCUACUCCUACAUCGACUACUGCAAAUACCGCAAAAGCCGAGAGCGUCUCUCAGACCUCGUCUACAAGUAAUAGAACCAACGAUCGAUUACAAGAACGAUUAGCAAGGGCAAUAGCAGCAAAGAACUCCACACAGAAAGGAGAGAAAGUAGAUUCUCCUGUCCUAUCAGCUACACCUUCGCGAACCGGGAGUCCAGUCACCGCAACGAAUAGCCCAAGACAGAGUACAGAUGUUGGAUCGCGGAGUGUUGAUAGCAAAGAUGCUGGGGAUAGGGCUGCUUCCGAACCUACGGGCGACGAUAAUCAACUUGAAUCAAGGCCCUCAGUAGACACUCCUUCAAUCGCAGUGCAACCAGGGAGUCCGCGGAUCCGGCCGAUGGACACGCAGGUAGAGACGAACGGUCUUGGAACAAAGGCAGAAGCGGAAGCAUCGCCACGACCAUCUGGCGAAUCUACACGAUCAAGCAUACCGAGGGCAUCUACGGACUCAACGAGGACGCAAGGUUCUUUGCCUCGAUCAUCUUCAGAAGUACAUGACACGGAGCUACUUGAGACGGUAGAGGCAGCCCUGAAGUCACCCGAAGACUAUGAUGCUCUCCUUAAACAACUCCAAUCAGAUUUCGAAAAGUCUGAGUUGCAACGGCAGGAAGAGGUUCAUGAUUAUAUCGAACGCAUCGAUGCUUUACAAUCAAAACUACAAUACCUUGCAAAAGAAAGCGUGGAAGCCGCUCGAAAAGCUAGCUCCGCUGCACCUGCAGGUAGCCUGGAGAAGAAGCUGGCGGAUAAAGAGCAACAGGUUGCUUUGCUCAUGGAAGAGGGACAAUCACUUUCUAAGAAGGAACUUACUCACAUGACUACAAUUAAAAAGUUGCGAGCAAAGAUCCAAGAGAACAACAAGGAGAUAUCCGAGGCAAAGGCGAAUCAAGAGAAAGCCGAAAAGGAUGCUGCCAGUGUCACGCAACGUCUGAAACGAGCUCAAGCAUCAGAAAGGCAACUGGGCGAGAAACAAAAGCAGAUCGCUCAGCUACAGAGAGAUGUAGAAUCUCUAAAGUCCGAGAGAGAUGCGAAGGAUUCUACGAUUGCUGACCUGAGACAGCAGCUAGAGGAGGCUGCAACCCAGGAAAAGGAGGCCGAAAAUAAGCGGGCCAAUGAAGCGCUGGAUGUCGAGAGAAGGAAGGUUGCGGAUCUUGAAGAAGAUCUUGCAAAUCUGUCCAUCGAGAAGAGUCUCGUUUCCGAUAGAAGUCAGUCUCAGAUCAGAGAACUUAGGGAGAAGAUGGAUAAAGACGCCGAGCGUGCACGCGUGGCUGAAUUAGAGAUGAAGACAGAGCAACAGAUGUUAGAAAGUAAGCUAGAAGUCAUGAGGGCGAGAGCAGAAGAGGUAUCGUCCGGUACUACUGGCGAUGCACAGGCGAAACUAUUGCGGCAGAUUGAGACUCUCCAAAGUCAGUACGCGGUAGCCAGUGAGAAUUGGCAAGGCAUUGAGGCAUCCCUGGUUGCGCGGGCGACGAACCUGGAGAAGGAGAGGGACGAAGCUGCAAAAAGGGAAGCCGAUAUACGGCGGAAGGCUCGAGAAGUGACUUUGAAAGCCAAGCGGAAUGAAGACGAAUUAGAAGAAACCAGAUCCAAGCUACCCAGUUUCGAACAAGAGCUUGCGGAAUACAAGUCUAAACUCGAUACUUUGCAAAAGAAAGCAGAAGCUUCAGAGUCCGCAUUAAUUGAAGCCCGGACUGUAUUUGACCAAGAGAAGCAAGCUUGGCAGAUGGAAUUACUGCAGCGUGUUGAAGAAGAGAGGCAUAAAUGGCAAGAAGAAGCUUCUGGCUCUCUUGGACACAGCCGUGCAGAAUCACCCGUACCAUCCCAGCGAAGAGGCUUAACAACCGAGUUCCUAGGACUACAAAAUCUACAAAUGAAGCGAAACUCAGCUCGAUCCAUAACAAGUAGCGACCAACCCAGCGCUUUCCAGGGUCAUCGCCCUUCAAUCCUACCUCUUGGCCGCAUCUCAGGGAAUGGAACACCAACAAGACAGGAUUCGGCACAAUCAUAUAAAGACAAUGGUGAAUGCGCAGAUACGCCCUCGAUCCAUACCACGGACCAUGAUCAAGAUGAUUUCUUCGAGAACAAUAUCUCGACGUCCCCGCACCAGACCAUUAACGAUAUGGUAUCUGUAUCCACAGCCGGCGCAGGCCCGACCGUACAACUCGUCGAGCGUAUGAGUUCCGCAGUGCGACGCUUGGAAAGCGAAAAGGAAGCCACGAAAGAAGACCUCGCGCGCCUCUCCGCACAGCGCGAUGAAGCGCGUGCUGAGAUUGUAGCGCUGAUGAGGGAAGUGCAGGCUAAGCGCGAUGCGGAAACCAAGGUGGGAGAGCUGGAGAAGGAAAUGGGGAGUAUGAAUGAUAGGUACCAGACUACGCUUGAGAUGCUGGGGGAGAAAAGCGAGAUGGUGGAUGAGUUGAGGAGUGAUAUUGAUGAUAUUAAGGCCAUGUAUAGGGAGCUGGUUGAGCGAACCGUGAAAUGA